AUGCAGAGACGCUUCGACGACGUGGUGGAGGUUGACGAUGAUGUGCUGGAAGAGGUCAGGAAGCCUUGGAAGACCUCGGCAGUGUUGAUUCGAAGCCUGGGUAGAGUCGUCCCCGCCGAAUGGGUAGUCAAAGAGCUUCGGCGAGUCAUGGAACUACCCGAGCCUCCCGAAAUCUUCCCGCUGUUGGAGGGCUUCUUCGUGGUUCGUUUCUCCUGCGAGGAACACCGGGAGAAGGCUCUGAGCUGGGGGCCAUGGCUGGUGGCAGGGCAGAUCCAUGCCAUGGAGAGGUGGAGGCCAAAUUUCUCACCCGGUGCAGGUGAGCUAAACAAAGCCAUUGUUUGGCUACGAAUGCCCGGGUUGCCGUUGGAUUAUUGGGAGGAGUCCAUUAUCCUUCAGAUGGCGGCGAAGGCCGGGAAGCCGCUGGCAGUGGACGAGAUAACAGAACAGGGCAAGAAACGAGGCUUUGCUCGGGUCAAGAUAGAGGUGGAUCUCCGAUUACCUCUGAGAGGCGGCACCUUUGUGAAGGGGAAGGCACAGGGACGGGAGGAGAGAGUUUGGCAAGGCUUCAUCUUUGAGAACCUUCCGAAUCCAUGCUGCAGAUGCGGUAGAGUGGGGCACGGAGAAGGCUUCUGUGCGGCGAGUCCGGUCGAGGUCCCAGUGGACGGGGGUACCGAGGUGGUGACGGAUGAGCAGAUCGGCACACCGGAGAACUCUUCUCAGGGUGGGGCCGGUGGGAACGCUACUCCGGGGAACCCAGGCUAUGGGCCGUGGCUGGUAACCCAUAGGGUUCGGCAAAUGAGAGCCGGCGGAGGGAAUGUGAAGCCGAGGAAGCCGAUGGUGUCGGAGUGUGGACAAAAUCCGGCGGGCACGCCUUCUCGGACGAAGACACCUCCGGCGGAUGGGGAGUCGACUCCUUCUGUCUCCCCUGUGGAUCUGGAUGGCUGGCAGAAGCCGUCCAAAGUAGCUCGGAGGAAAUCCCCGGAGCAGGGCAAAGGAGAAUGCUCCAACGGCCACUCGGGAGGUGGGGCGGCCGGGCUCCGGCCCGCCUAG